UUAUUCAUCACUCCAAAACGGAAAAGUAGCUAUCGCAGUGAUUCGGAGCCGUCACCAGAAGAUAAAAGACUGAAAGAGUCAAAUUCUCCGGCUAAGAUAUCGUGUGACGAAGACGAGGUCAUGGAAGCACUCGGAUCCAAAAUAGAUUUAGUGUUAUCGAAGCUUUCUAACCUGGAAACAAAAAUGGAAGAACUGAACGCAGCAGUCAAAGGUCUACAAAGCAAGGUAACGUCUUUGGAGAGAGAAGUAGAUUCAGUGAAAACGAAGCAGAAAACCUUAGACGAAUACUUCACUUCAAUGGAACAAAGUUCUGUAUUCGUUGACGAGCAAGUACAAGACCUGAUAGCUAAGACUAAUAAAAACAAUGACGACGUCAGCGAUACACGUAGAAAACUGUUAUACUUGGAGGCCUACAGUCGACGCGAAAACUUGAAAUUUGAAGGCAUCCCCGAAACUUUCGCUUCGAGCGAAGAAGAUGGAGCUAUUCAGCGGGGCGACGUGUCUACUGAAAAUACAAAAGCGGUGCUGACUGAUUUCUUUGAAAGAGUCCUGGGAAUAGAAGAUGCAAAGAACAUCGAAUUUCAACGAGUACACCGAAUGGGCAAACCAAGAAAGGAAAAUGGAAGAGAAAGGAUCAUUAUUGUGCGUUUCUUAAGAUUUUCAGACCGAGAACGGGUGCUCAAAUGCGGACGUAAACUCAAGGAAACAGGAUACAAGAUGUAUGAAGACCUCCCGAAAGAAAUCCACGAGAUGCGAAAGCUCCAAAUGGAGAAGUUAAAGAAUGCCAGGAAGGACGGUAAACGUGCUUAUUUCAGUAGAUCGGAGCCCGACAAACUUUACAUCAACGGUAAAUACGUCAAAAUGUAA